GCUUAAAUAGCUGUCUCUUCAACUGCAUCCUGAAGCAGAAUAUCUCCUGCAGCUACAUAUGUACAAGUUCCCAAUCUGACUGCAAAUCAAGAGCUUUAAAGACAUCUUUUGAAGACAAUGAGGGGGUUUUGUGAGUGGUUGCUACUCCUGCUAGCCUUGUGUGGAAGCACUUCAGGUUUGCAUUCAUCUAUACACUGUAACUUAAGAGAAGGAAGGGCAUCACAGAUCGAUGCUGGCAGCGGACAAGUCUUUGGUGUGAAUCCUUCUAAUGCUACUUUUACCGUCACUGAGCAUGGGCUGCUCUCCUAUCCCGGCAAGCUGAAGGAAGUCUCACCUGGUCCUAAUGGCAUCUGGGCUGUAAAGUCAAACAACAGAGCUGCCCGAUGGUUGAGGGACAAUUGGGUGGAGAUUGGAGGACACCUCACACGGAUUGAUGCAGGUGGAAACCAUAUUGUUGCUGGAAUCAUAAAUGAUGCUGUCCGUUGCCUGCCUAAGUCAAAAAUUAUCCAAGCUGAUGUCAACCAGGAGGUGGAAUGGGACCACAUGGAAGGGAAAAUGAAACACAUAGCCUGUGGGCGAUGGGGUUGCUGGGCUGUUGAUGGAAAAGGCCAAGCCUAUUUCCGACAUGGCAUCACUGAGGAUUCCUGUGUUGGAAGCAGCUGGACAGAAGAAGGCAGAGGAUUUUCUAAGAUUGAGGCUGGAACAGAUGGAGAUGUCUAUGGACUGAGCAAUGACCAACGAAUUUAUCGCAGGGUAGGAAUCUCUAAACAACAACCUGCUGGAACAGGCUGGGCUUUGGUGGAACUGGAACCUCAUUUUCAAGGUAUCAAAGACAUGUCCUAUGACCUGCGCACAUUGUGGAUUGUGACACCAGACUUCAGUGUUUUUAAAUGCUUAACUUCAAGCAAACUUCAACACAACGAAGAAGAGUAGCACUCACCUUGUAUGAAUUUAAUCUUCUGCUUCUGCUCUUGUUUCAUUUAUCAUAGCCAAUGAUUUCAAGAAAUUAAAAGUAUUUCAGGCAAAUGA